AUGACUGAACUGACUCAAUUGAUUAUAGAUACAUACAAGACAAGAGAACAAUUGAUUCAAAAUGGUAUAUGGGGAGGGGAAUUGUACAAACAUGUUAAAAUAAUUAAUAAUCAUGAUAGAUCAUGGAUUUGGAAAACUUUAUUGUUACAUUCAGAGAACCAAGACGAUUCAAAUAAAGAUAAAAAAUAUAUCACGAAUGAUUCCUUUUUAUUCGAUUCUUUAGAUAAUUUAGUACCCGUGCCUUUAUUAUCUCCUAUAACGAAGAAAAAUGAAGAUGCUGAUCAGUUACAAAAUACAACGUUAGCUUUUACUCCUAUAAAACAAAUAGUGAAAAUUGGUAAUAAAGGGAUAAGAAAAUUGACACCGAAAGAGACACAUUUACAUCCGUUAACAAAUCAUGAGGAUGAGGAUGAUUACGGUAUGAAUAUUUCAGACACUUUAGAAAUCAUUGAUUUGGAUUUAUCAAGAUUAAUUGUAUCACCAAUAUUUCAAGAUCCAAAAGUUCAUGCAUUAAUGAGACAAAUUAUGUUUAAUUAUUUACUAUUAACAAAUGAAGAUAAACAAAGAAAAAAUAUACCAAUAGUUGAUCAAAUUUAUCGAUAUAGACAAGGGUUUCAUGAAAUUUUAUCAAUAAUUUUUUUACAAUUUUAUGAUUCAAAUUUAAACAAUAUUGAAAUUAAAUUUAUUUUAUUCAUUUUCAUUAAAUUAAUGGUACCUUUACAAAGGACUUUCUACAUUGAAAAAAAUUUAUUAAAUUGGCAAAAUAAUUAUUUCAUUAAAUUAUUAAAAUUAAGCUCUCCACAAAUUUAUUCGAUUUUCUAUCCAACGACAACUAAUACAAAUCAUACUAACUUAAUUUGGUUAAUUCGUUGGACAAGAUUAUUAUUCUUAAGAGAAUUGCCAAUUCAAGAUUGUUUGAUUGUUUGGGACCACAUAUUAACAUUUUCAUACCCCGUUGAUUCAAUGGUUGCAUGUAUCAUUAUUGCAAUAUUAAUUACCGUUAGAAAAAAUUUAAUUGAAAUUUAUCAAGAUAAUGAAAUGGAUAAUGAUGAUUUGAUUGAAUUCAUGUUGCAAUUUGAUAAACAUAUUAAAAAUUUAAAUAUUUUAAAAAUCUGCGAGUUGGCUGGUUCUUUAUGUGAAUCUUGGGAAAAUGGUAAUUGGAAAGAUCUAUCAAAAAUUGUUACAAAUUAUAUUAAUCAAAAUGAAAUGGAUCCAAAUAGGAAAAGGUUAGAAGAUAAAUUAAAACAAAGAGUUCAACGAUCUUUAAAUAAAUAA